UUGUCUUGUCACCGUUGUUCACAGUCCAGAAACCGUCCCUCCAACAUUCUUUUAGAGUGCGGAAGCUGCAAGAGAGGCUGGCAUCAUAAAUGUCACAUCCCUCCCGUUGAAGACACUGAACUCAUUCGCCGCAUCCGUUCCACAAUCGCGGGCGAUCACGAUAACGGCCUCGCUGGCUGGAGAUGUAAACGUUGUAAGAAGAAUCAA